CUUGAAACAUCACUUCUUCCUUUUUGAACUUGUAGCAGGAUCUUUGAUGACUACAAAGCAUUCACAGCCCCAGUCUACAUUUGCAAAAAGUCUAACUUCAACAAGCACGGAUCCCCCCUACUUAAAAGAAGCAGAAAGUACAGAAAUUCCAUCUUAUGUGACUAAAUGUCCUAGCAAUGGGCUUUGCAGUAGAUUGCCACCAGACUGUAUGACAUGUAACACAAACUAUUCCUGUAUAUAUGGGAAGCCGGCCACUUUUGAUUGUAAAGUCAAGCCACAUGUUCACUGUGUGGAUCAGAAUAAUCAAGAGCAGGAGAACUUUACAAUUAACAUGACCUGCCAGUUCUGCUGGCAGCUUGCAACAACUGAUUAUGUGUGCACCAAUUCUACAAGCUGCAUGACAGUUUCUUGUCCCCGUCAGCGCUAUAAUGCCACUUGCACCGUACGGGAUAAUGUGCAUUGUCUAGGUAACCGUGUCUUUCCCAAGAUGCUCUAUUGCAACUGGACUGGAGGUUACAAGUGGUCAACUGCCUUGGCACUCAGCAUCACCCUUGGUGGAUUUGGUGCCGAUCGUUUCUAUUUGGGCCAGUGGCGGGAAGGUCUGGGAAAACUCUUCAGCUUUGGUGGACUUGGAAUAUGGACGCUAAUUGAUGUGCUGCUAAUAGGUGUUGGCUAUGUGGGACCUGCAGAUGGCUCUCUGUAUAUUUAAAUGUGGGUGCAACAUGUUUUGGAGAGGAGUAAUUGCUUGGAAAGGGCUCUGAAUAAAAGAAUGUAGAGAUGCGAGCCUUUCAGGUCGAGUGAAGAACAUCUGUUUUUCUAUGUGCAUACUUUUUAAUGUACAGUAUCUGUACUUAGAUUGCCUUUAACUAAGGUAAAAUAAAAGAGUGGAUCACUGAGUAA